AUGGUGUUCAAUCUCCGAUCCUUCAGUUUCACCGAUUCCAUUGAAGAUGAUCCCCCACCACCUCCUAGGGGCUUCUCUCUAAAGGAACUCCGAGUCGCCACACACAACUUUAGCGGAGAAAACUUCUUGGCCGAAGGUGGAUUUGGCAAGGUUUACCGGGGGCGCUUGGCCGAUGGUUCUCUCGUGGCAGUAAAAAGAGCUCGCACAGUCGAUCAAUGUAGCAAAGAGCAGUUCGAAACAGAAGUUCAAGUGGGACGCUCAGUUUCAACGCACCCAAAUGUGCUACGGCUGAGGGGCUUUUGCAGGACUACAAAAGAGCUUUUAUUGGUCUAUCCCUUGAUAACCAACAAUAGUCUAUCUUACAAUCUUACAGAAAGACCAGAUCGAUUUGCCCAACCGCUCAAUUGGACCACUCGCAAACGAAUUGCCUUGGGAGCAGCAAGGGGACUUGCACACCUUCAUGAUCAAGGUAACAUCAAGAUCAUGCAUCGGAACAUCUGCGUGGCGAGCAUACUGCUGAAUGUGCAAUUUGAGGCCAUGAUAGGAAGUUUCUGCAUUGCCAUGAUCAUGCAUGAGAGAAAUGUCGAGGAAGGGACUACUGAGUGGCGCAUGCACAUGCCAAGGCAUGGCACAGGAGUCUCACUCUCCUCUCCUUUAGAUGAAAAUUCAGCUGAUGCUGGCUUCGAUUCUCAAAUCUAUCAUCGCUAUGAAGAUGUCUAUGUCAAUACCCUCACCUGCGGCAUAAUUGGGUUUACUGCCCCUGAGUACUCCUACACAGGAAAGUGCACGCUGAAAAAUGAUGUCUUCACAUAUGGGAAAAUGCUUCUCGAACUCAUCUCGGGACAGCCGAUUUUUUAUGUUUUCCCUGAGGGGAACUAUGUGGAAGAAGAAGCAGAGCGACUAGUGCGAUUGGCAUUGUUGUGUGCACACAAGGAUCCAUCUGUUCGACCAGAGAUGUCUGAAGUGGUUGAAAUACUCGAAAGCCAGUUUCUCCAGCGGGAUUCCAGUACAAGGAGUAGUUGGAGUCCCAGUGAGUGUGAAUCGACUACUCCAUACUACUCUUUGCCCCAUUCUCCUUCUCCUCCUUUGGUGAUCGGUCCAUGA